GGGAGGCGGCGCCAUUUUGCGGGUUAGGGGUUAGCGGUGCUCCCCUCCCCCCCGCCGGCUGGGAGAGGGCUGCUCGCUGAGGCGGCGGGAGGCGGGCGGCUCUGACUUGAGAUCCUUUUCAGAUAUAGGAACAAAGCUUAAUGUCUUGUUCAGAAUGAGAUGCUUCAUGCUGAAAGUAGAGUAAAGCUCUUGGAGUGUCAGGAUGAAAUCUCAAUUGAACCAUGUUCUAAAAAAAUGAAGUCAACAGAAGGGGCUUACGAGAAACUCUCUGGUGAUGAUAACCAAGGUAUUCAAGAAGAAGCUGAUACUGAGAGAACAUCAAACAAUUUGAUACCAGCGUAUGCCUCAGAUAACCAAAUGCAACAUGAAAUGCAGGAGCAAGAGAAAGUACAUACUGGUAUCUUGGGAACACCGGAUGAAGUGCUCCCUGAAAAUAACAUAGUACUUAGUCAGCCAGUUGAUUCAGAAACUGUGCAUAAUGUAAAUCCUCCAUUUGCAUCUAUAAGUGACACUGAAGUUGAAGAAAAUAAAGGCCCUUCUAUUACAAAUAAUGCUGGUGAAGAUGAUAUUGGAAAUAGCUGUACAUUAUUCUCAGUAAAUAGAAAUGCAUCAGAUGAAGAGUUUUUUACAAGCAAAGAAUUUAUCGGACCGAUUUACAAGCCUGCUGAAAGCAGUAAACGGGACAAAUCUGGGAGUUGUGAUGAAUGUGGAAACGGUGAGGGAGAUCAGAAUGAAUUGCAUGAAAACAGGGCUAAAAGAAAGGAGGCAAAGAAGUUUCAGACUAUUUCUUCUGCUGUACCACAAAUAGAUGAUGAACUCGACCAGUUCUAUAAAGAAAUUCAUCAGCUGGAAAACGAAAAUGUAGACGCUAAUAUUCAGGAAAAAGAAACUGAAACUUCUCAGGAACAAUAUUCUCCAUAUAACUGUAGUCAAACCUCACAAGAAGAUUAUCAAGGUGUAUUGUUGGGUGGCCCGCAGCCAUUUUAUGAGAAUGGACAGUGUUUCUUUGGGGAACAGAAUAGUGGAAAAGCAAGCAAUGAGCAGCAGUUUGGUGUGGAAACAAGUGGCUGGAAAACUGAAAAUACCUUUACAGGACAAGUAGAUUCUAAAUAUUGGAACUACUCAGUGCCUGAAUUCAGACCUGCUUGGCAGGCAACAGAGUCCUUUGUAGUACCUCAGGGACCUCUUGCUCCUAGAUUCGACCAUCAGUCACAUUUUCAGAUACUUAAUUCCCCACCAGAAAAAACAAAUGCUCUCCCUUCUCACAAUGAUGAACUUGCUUACAAAAAUUAUCAUGGUUACCAUGAAAAUACUGAUUUCAACAGUCUCAGUCCAUUGCUUGAUCAAAGUACCAACUAUGCUGGUCAUACUGAUUUCCAUACCACUCAGGUCUUCAGAAAUGGAAAUAAUGACCAGAACGGACUCCAAAAUAAUGACCAGAACGAACUCCAAAAUAAUGGUUUCUGUGAAACCAGAGAAGAGUGUUGGAAGGAUCCAAAAGCUGACAAUACGGAAGGAAUACAUAACUUUUCUCCCUUGCAAUUACCCGAAGAAAGAUUCAAUCUUUCCCAGAAAUGGCUCCUAAUCUUAAGAGGGCUGCCUGGUUCAGGGAAAUCAACACUUGCUCGUAUUCUGCUUGGUCAAAGUUGUGAUGGCAUCAUAUUCAGCACCGAUGAUUAUUUUCGUCAACAAGAUGGAUAUACAUAUAAUGCUGCUCAGCUUGGUGAUGCCCAUGACUGGAACCAGAAGAGAGCAAAGCAAGCGAUGGAGCAAGGAAAAUCUCCGGUUAUAAUAGACAACACUAAUACUCAAGCCUGGGAAAUGAAGCCAUAUGUGGAAGUGGCUCUAGAAAAGGGAUACAGAGUGGAGUUCCAUGAGCCAGAUACUUGGUGGAAGUUUGAUCCUGAAGAAUUAGAAAAGAGGAAUAAACAUGGGGUCACUCGUGAGAAGAUUGCUCAGAUGUUGGAACGAUAUGAAUAUCAAAUAUCCAUACCUAUUGUCAUGAAUUCAGUGGUACCUCCCCACAAAAACACACAAAGGCCACCUUUGCAGCGAAGACAUAGGGGGACAAUUUCGAAGAAACCUGGGCACCUAUUGACAAAAACAAAGCAGAGGAAAAAGCGAAAAAGAAACCAAAAAAUGAAAGGCAAUCAUACAGAAAUUAUGACGAAAAAGUUAGGUGGAGCAGCUCAUCAUCCAAUUCCAGAUGACCAGGACACAUCAGAAAAUGAAGAGGAUGAUUCAGAAGAAGAAAACAGCAAAUCAUUGUGUACGUUCAGUGGAGGUCCAGAGGAUCCAGUAACAGUAAGUGAAGAACAGCCUAAUGGUGAUGAUGAAAACCUAAAAGAAGCUGAAGCAAUUUCAAGAGAAAGAUUUCCCAUUGCUGUGUCUGAGGUCUCAACGAUGUCAAACAGUCCAGUGGAAAAUGAACUGCCUGUAGAAAGUGAUCGUUCACUUCUAAUAGAUACAACCCCUUUGUCUACUGAAAACGUAACCAAAAAUGCAUUCGAUGAUGAGGACACACAUGAAAGGCACAGAGAAAAUUUUUGUGGAAGCAAUUUCCUAAAAAUAAGUAAUGAUAAAAAUUCCAUCCAGGGAACAGAAGGCAUCCCUGAAGAUUAUAACACCCCACUGUUAAGCACAGAAAACAAACUCGGAUCAUAUCAAAUUACGUGUGAACCUGACGUGGAAGCUAAACUGUUAAGCUUAAAUGGAGAAGGAAAAGAAACCUCUCAGUGUUACAAUUCAAAUGUACAUGAUAAUAUGCCUGAUAAUAACACAGAGGAAAAAGGUGUAUUAAAAGCAGAAGAGAAUAGCUCUAACGCCUGGGCUUUUUUUUCAAUUAAUUUACCUACUGAGGAAUUGCAGCUGGGCUUUGAUACACAAGCUCCUCUCUCUUCUUGGUGUGAGGAUAAAUUUGUAGGUGAACAAAGACCCCCAAAAAUGAGGAAACCCAAACAAACUCAUGCAAACGGUUCACCACACCUAAACUGCUAUUGGUCAAAUGGAGGAUUGGUAAAGGAAAACCAUCAGGUAACAGUAACUGAGGAGGCUGGCAAUGUAAUAAGCAAUGGUCUGUUGGAAUCUCCAGGUGGUGAAGUGCACCUUGAUUCCCUUGUGGAAGCCGGGGCCACUUUCAUGCAAUGUUCAAGUGAAGUAAAUGGUCCAAGAAAUGAUGCUGCACCGAUUACAUCGAAGAGGAAAAGACACAGACGAAUUGUCAACUUGGCACCAAAGUUUAAUCUUCCAAGACAGUUUGCUGGUACUACAGAGGGAGGGAAGGAAGUCCCAGUUAAAGAUUAUGUUCCUGAAAAAAGUGUUUGGGAAGUGGAGGGAAAGAGCUUUCUAAGGAAGGACCUUGGAGAGGAACGUGAACAGGACCCUGCAUUGCAGGAAUAUUCUGCACUUUACAGUGGCACUGAGGCAACCUGUUCCUUACCUACCCUGGAUGCAGAUGUUCUUUUAGAUGAUAUUUCUUACAUUCAUCCAGGACAAUCUUCUCCUGUGCCAAAAUAUUCCUGCAGGGUUUGUGUAGUUUCCAGGACAAAGGAGGAGCAAGCUAGAACUCUUAAGCAACAACAGGUAGUUGAUGAAAAAGAGAGUGAGCCUGAACGAGUUCCUUCAGAGGUUGCAAACAGCCAACCAGAUAUUUUGUCUUCUGUUGUUUCUGAAUAUCCAGAAGAUUCUAGUCUAUUGGCAAGCUGCAGUGAAAAUGUGCACGAAGCAGAUGACCCAGAGCCAGCAGAGGCCUCACAAGUUGAAGAUAAUCAAGAUGUGAAUAUGAAAUGUAGUUUUCUGGGACUUCCUUUAUCAUUAGGAUUUGCAUUUCAGCUUGUGCAGCUCUUUGGUUCUCCAGGUCUUCCACUGGAAUCCUUGUUGCCAGAUGAUUAUAUAGUUCCUCUUGACUGGAAAGUUUCAAAGAUGAUCUAUUUACUGUGGAAGACCUCUGUGGAGGAAAAACAGAAAACAAAUGGAUUGCAGAACAGAAACACCUUGGCUGAUGAUAUUAUUAGUCUUGAAGAUCUAAACAAAAAUUGCCAAGACGAUCAAGAGUCUUCUGAAACUAUUCCAGAAAUGGAGCUGUUUCAAGGGUUGAUAGAGGAGAACAUCAUGACCUGCGCUAGCACUGGCUGCCUGGAUGCUGUGUUUCAUCAGUCAUGACUGACCAGCUUUAAUUCUGCAUGAAGGAAAAGAAACUUCUCACUUUGAUUGGAAGGACUUCAGUUGGCCACCAAGGAUUUUAAAUGUAAGGAAUAACCUGGAAGAAAGUAACCACCGUAGAUUUUUGGUGUGAAUCUUUGGCUGUCUUCUCCCCACAGCCACCCAAUAUCAACCUCU